UCAUUUCGUCAGUUGGCAACUCUUUUCAUUCCUAUCCAGCGAAGGGGCUGGGACACCGAAAUGGUGCGGGUUCUACUCUUUUACACUCUUUAUGGAUUUGCAAUAUUUAUAUUUGGUGGUUGGUGUUUUGUCUGGAUGUUACAUUUAAUCGCAAUAUUAAACGGGAAACUUAAGUUGCAUAAAAAAAGCCAAUUACCAUCUCCUGAAGUUCCCUUACCAGGUGUUUCCAUAUUAAAGCCUUUGACUGGAGUAGACAAUAAUUUGUACACAAAUUUGGAAUCAUUUUUUACAAUGAACUAUCCAAAAUAUGAAUUGCUGUUUUGUAUUGAAGAUGAAAGUGAUCCUUCCAUAAUGCUUGUUAAUAGUUUAAUUGAAAAACACCCUGAAAUAGAUGCCAGUAUAUUCAUUGGUAAGUGCGCUCCAAAAGUAGGUGUCAAUCCAAAGAUUAAUAAUAUGAAUCCUGGUUAUGAAGCAGCCAAGUAUGAUCUUAUUCUAGUCUCUGAUAGUGGAAUUAAAAUGAAAGAAGAUACUUUGCUUGAAAUGGUUUGUUUGAUGACUGAGAAUGUAGCUCUCGUUCACCAGAUGCCAUUCACUUGUGAUCGAAAUAAUUUUCCUGCUGUCAUGGAAAAGGUAUAUUUUGGAACAUCCCAUGCUAGAAUAUAUCUUGCAGCCGAUAUGUUUCAUAUAAAUUGCCCAACUGGCAUGUCAGCCUUAAUGAGGAAAAAACUUCUUGAUGAAGUGGGAGGUAUGAAAGCAUUUGGCCAGUAUUUAGCUGAAGACUUCUUUUUUGCCAAAUCCUUCACAGAUAGGGGUUGGUCUUUAAGAAUUAGUUCUCAACCAGCGUGGCAAAACUCUGGUAUCUGUGAAGUAGCUAAUUUCAAUAGUCGUGUUUCUAGGUGGGCAAAGCUAAGAUUUGCAAUGGUUCCCUAUACAAUAGUACUAGAACCUCUGUCUGAAUGCAUGGUUCUUGGAGCUUGUGCAGCUUUCUCUGUCAAUGUUCUAUUUGGCUGGGACCCAUUUGUUGUAUAUUUAGUCCAUAUCUUGGCAUGGUUAAUUUUAGAUUGGAUUCUUUUAAAUGUCAUACAGAAUAACACUUUGCCAUUCACGAAGAUGGAUUUUGUAAUAGCCUGGUCAUUCAGGGAGAUUGGUGCUUUUUUCCAUUUCAUGCAUGCGCUUUUCAAUCCAAAAAUACAAUGGAGGACUCGUACAUUUUACCUGAAAUGGGGAGGCCUUGCUGAAGAAGUUUCUAACCCAAAAGUCUAAAUAAUAUCUCAUAACUCUUUUCGUGAUAUUCAAAAUACAAAGCGCCUGCAUGUACUGCCACGAGUGGGGCCACUCACUCAUUGGUUAUGCUGGUCAAGCUGUAUUAAAAUAAAUGACUUUUUCCCCCGACUGCUGGUCAGUGAAAAUAAAAAAAAAAAGAAAUUGUGGCUUGUGUAAAUUAUAGAACAAUUUUUUGUACAAAGUUCCUUCAAAGGAGUCCAAUUACUGUGAUUUAUUUUUACCUCCUCCAAAAGGGGCUGCUCUUUGCUCAAAUAAUCGUGUCUCGCAGUUGUUUUCUUCCUUUCUCUCUCUCUCUCCGACCCCUUCCAUCAACCUAUGCAAAAGAUAUCAAAAAGCAAUGAAUAUGCAAAUGGAAAUGUCUAAACCAUAGUUGUAACUGGUAAGAAAUUGCUGUAAUUUUCCUGAAUUAUUAAAAUUUUUAAUUACUUC